GCAGCAGGCAGCUGUUGCUUACUGGCGGCCCCUCCUCCGAGAACUAUCGCCGGGCGGCAAACGGCAGAGAUUUUUUGCCUUUCGCCCCCGCCAGCACGCACGCUCGCUUGCCGCCAGCAGCUGGACGCGUCGCAACAACCCAGCUCCAUUCUAAGAAAGGAAGAUAGUUCUCAUCUCGUGGUCUGCUCCUGCUGCUGGCCACUCCAGCAGGUAGACAAGCGUGUUGCGGCGAGAAUCGUCGUAAAACGCCCACGAAAUUUCGGCCGUUGAAGAAAAGGUGUGCGGCCCUUCAAAGUGCGGCCCCUCGAUUCGAAAGUGAAGACGCCACUGCGCUGGUGUGGUUUCCCCUUGCUCCGGCUACACCGCCGUGGUCCGUAGACGUACUGCCCUUGGCAGCGGCGAAAAAAGGUGGCUCAAAAGUCAAGUCUUGUACGGUGCUACAGUGUGUUCGGAGGUGAAGCUUUCCACUUCGGCUCACCGCAGAGACACGUCCGAAAAAAUCAUGGAUAUGUAUCAGUGGCAAGUGUGAGAGUGAGUGUCUGGUGCCACGAUUUCCUCGUGAUGGACGAUUGGAGUUGUGUGUCCUUCAUUGAUGCGAGAUCCAGACGCCUUGGUCGAGCGAUGAAGCUUGGAAUCUUUGUGCUUCUUUGCUGGACGUGUGUGACGCGCAUGUGCAGUGGAGGCGAUGUGACGGCCUCGACAAACUUGGCGCUAGGCCUCUUCCAGCAGCUUUCGGCUGAUACCUCUGAGAAUGCUCUCUUUUCUCCCUUCGGUAUUUCUACGUUGUUGGCAAUCCUUUCAGCUGCUACCAAAGGAGACACGGGCAAGGAGAUCGAAAGUGCGUUCGGCUCCGAUGCCGCCACAGUGAAACGGGACAUCGAAAGUGCGUUCAAAGAAAUAUGCGCAGGUGAUUCGACUUCCGGACGAAAACCCUCAAUGUCGCUCGGGAAUCUGCUCGUAGUCAAGAAUGGCUUAAAGUCGAAACUGCUGCCCCAGUUCCUAAAGUUCCUCGGUGGUGGUGGACCUUUCCUAACACUAGUCGAUGAGCUGGACGACAACCUGGCCAGCCGAUCGAACAAAUGGGUUAGUACUCAGACUAAAGGAGAAAUAACCAAAAUACUAGAUGGCGAUGGUACACAAGACGAUGCGAAAAUGUUCUUAGUGAACGCCAUACACUUCAAGGGCGACUGGAAGGAGAAAUUCGAAAAACGGCUCGGUUACAACGGUACCUUUAAGAACUACGACGGCAGCGAUACGCCGAUAAUGUUUAUGUUCAAAAGGAGACAUUUCGAGUACGCUUUGGAUGCCACCCUGAAGACCCACGUCAUCUCACUUCCCUACAGGGACGUCAAGGCAAGGUUCAUCCUCUUGGUUCCACUCAAACGUGCCGGAGCAAAGACGCUCGCCAGCCUCCUGACUGCACCUGAAUGGAAGCGCAUCCUGGGAACGUUGAGGAAUACGAGCGUAGCUCUGUCGAUGCCAAAAUUUGACGUCUCCAAGAAGUACAACCUCAUGAAACCGUUGGAGUAUCUCGGUAUCAAAAAGAUAUUCACCGACAAAGCUGAUCUAUCUGGCAUGAUAGGGACAGGGGACCUUUUCGUCUCCGCGAUCGAACAGGUUUCGAAACUGAGGGUGGACGAAGAAGGCAGCGAGGCUGACAGCGCAACGUUGCUGAGGGUCUCGGGAAAGGCUGCCGAAGAAGGCGAGUCAGUAGUCGUCGACCACCCAUUCAUAUUCGCUGUUACGGCUGGACGACAGGACGACAUCCUUUUCAUGGGACAAGUCAACAAGCUACCGAUAACGUGAUGCUCCUUGUGAGUGACAUUCAUAGCGACAGCAUACAUUCGCACAUUUCAUUACCGAAAUCAUGACGUCCCAGCAUGCAGCUGGCCGAGGGAGAAACACAAGUACGCGCUGAAGGUGAAAGCUCGCGAGAGGAGGAAUGCUCGCGGUUCCAGUUCUGCCAUAUACUCAGUCCUUGUGCACGGGAGUAUAUUACCGCGCUGAACAUUACUCGCUGCACUAUACCUCGCUACACUACACUACACCAUAAGUAAAUGAGGAAAAAAGCGCCUAAUGAAAGAUAUAUCAUGUCUGUGCACGGUGACUGAGCAGCAAGUUGGCAAAGAUCGCUCGUGGCUGUCGUAUUGAUUUCAAAACGAAACCGCGACACCCGUAACAAUGUGACGGCUAAGAACCUCGUUUAAUAGCAGGACAUGAGUCGUGUCAGCCAUAAAUCGCGACAACAAACGAUGUCGCGUAUACAUGCAGCUUGAUGCGCAAUUCAAAGAGGCAGCAUAGUCAAUUACCGUAAUACUGAAAAUAUGAGGAAUGAGGGAGGGUAGGGGAGUCAGCACGAAAACAUGAAAUUUCAAUACUACUUCGUACAGUCCAGCUCAUUUCGUUUUCUUCUCUCAUGACAGUCUUUAAUGAUUGAAAAAUUCUCGCGCAUAUUCUUUGACUUGAGCCUUCGCGAACUUCAGUUUCCAUAUAGACUUAACGGGGCAGGCUGAAAAGGGUGUGAGAGUAGAGCUGUAUAUACGAGUGUUAUUUACGGUGGUACUUUGCUUUAUGCGCAUUCUUAUGCGUAUUAUUUAAAUGAUUAAGUGAGACUCACACGUAAGACUUUAUGCAGAAAAAGAACAUUUAGGGUAGUGAAGAUGCGCAGCAUUAGUUACGUUGGAUCUUUCCGUUAGCAUAGUGCUUCUGCUGCUACGGCUUGAUGCACUGAGCAUUUGGCGCGCACACAUCUGUUUUCGUCCAUGCAUGUCUCAUUUCUUACAUACUCAUCAACUAAUCGAACAAAUUGUGUUGCUCGUUUUUAGACGUAAAUAAAGGCUUGCAUACAUCUUGAUAA